UGUGUUAUACAUAGUGCUGCUAACCGAUUGCAUUUAUGCGUACUGAGAACCCUUAAUGUCAUCUAUAGUUUAUUAUGUUUAGAACACAGUGAGGCCCUUUAAUUUGUAAUACAACAAUUUAAGGUAGAAGUGGUUACCUCGAUCCCGAACAGGACAGGGAUGACAAUGAUGUUCUUGUUGAUUGUUCUCAAAUAGUUUGAAAUUACAGUUUGUUUAUCAAGCGUUGGAUUUAGUGAAAGAAUGAAAUAAAUAAGCGUAGAAGCAGAUAACAAGGCUUUGAAUUCGGCGGCAAGGAAGCAAACCAUGGAGUGCCCUCAAACCCGCAAUCCUAGUCUUUGCAUGUGGAACUGUCUCUAUAGAAAAUUCCAAAGAAGAUAUUGUAAACUACUACCUGGAUCCCCAUUUGACUCUACAUCUCAUGUGCUCGGAAUCUUCCAUGGGAAAGUAUCUCAGAUUCUUCGUUGAACCUGUCUACUUGGUUCGGUAACAUUUACGUCUUUCUUUCUUUCUUUCUUUUUUUAUUUUUGAAUGGGAAAGGAAAAGGUCAAGGAUAUGAAAGUAGGCGGAGGCUGGGAUCUUGUAGUCAAGAAAUUUUUGAAAGUAGCAGAUCCCGUUAUCAGCAUAGUCUGAGACAAAACAACCCAAAAGGCAAAAACGAGAAAAAUAAAUGAUUGACUUGUUCUUGUUUGACGAAAAGACAGAGAGAAAUGGUCCAUAAAGAUUAGUAGUACAGUGUGGAUAGAGAUCCUAAAUUCAAAGGCUGAUGAGAGCAUAGAAAUGUGAAGUUAAAGUAAGAUGAGAAACAUAUAAAAUUGGCGGUUGCUGUCUUUGUACGAGUUGACAUGCAGAGAUUUAUAAAUGAGAAUUCAAACAUGGCAACUAGCCAGAUAUUUCAGUUUUACAUGCAACAUCUCCCCAAGUCUUGUAAACCUUUACAUCUUUAAUACAAGGAUGAGUAUGCAGCUUGCUUGAGUUUCUCUCUCUCCACCCCAGUUGCAUAUAAGCUGCUACUUUCAUCUUGAGCUAACUCCAGCAAGUUGAAAGCUUGAUUAAUUCAAUGGGACAGAACCAAGUAGAUGCAUCACAAAUCCGAGAGAUGGAUUCAGGGGAAAAGCGACUUAAUGAGCUUGGUUACAAGCAAGAACUCAGAAGAGAGAUGACUUUGUUCAAAACUCUUGCAAUAUCAUUCUCAACGAUGACACUCUUCACCGGAAUCACUCCUUUGUAUGGUUCUAGCCUUGCAUAUGCAGGUCCUGCAAGCCUUGUGUGGGGUUGGGUGGUGGUAUCAUUUUUCACCUGGUUUGUUGGACUUGCCAUGGCAGAGAUCUGCUCUUCUUUCCCGACCACAGGUUCUCUUUACUUCUGGGCUGCUCACUUAGCUGGCCCCAAAUGGGGUCCCCUUGCAUCAUGGUGUUGUGCUUGGCUUGAGACCAUAGGGCUCAUUGCUGGCAUAGGUACUCAGGCAUAUGCAGGAUCUCAAACACUGCAAAGUAUCAUUUUACUAUGCACUGGGACAAAUAAAGGUGGAGGGUAUUUUGCACCAAAGUGGUUGUUCUUAUGCAUGUACAUCGGCCUCACUCUUAUAUGGGCGUUUCUCAACACAUUUGCGUUAGAAGUGAUUGCCUUUAUUGAUAUAAUAUCCAUAUGGUGGCAGGUCGUUGGAGGGACGGUUAUUGUUAUAAUGCUUCCCCUUGUAGCACUUACUACACAGUCUGCAUCAUACGUGUUCACAAACUUUGAUGUGGCCCCUGAGCUGACGGGAAUAUCAAGCAAGCCUUAUGCAGUGAUUCUAUCCUUUCUUGUUAGUCAGUAUUCAUUAUAUGGAUAUGAUGCUGCAGCACAUCUAACAGAAGAAACCAGAGGAGCAGACAAGAAUGGUCCUAUUGCUAUUCUAACAAGCAUCGGUAUCAUUUCAGUAUUUGGAUGGGCAUACAUCUUGGCCCUGACUUUCAGCAUUCAGGAUUUUAGCUACCUAUAUGAUCCCACCAAUGAGACUAGAGGAGCAUUUGUGCCUGCUCAAAUUCUCUAUGAUGCAUUUCAUGGGAGGUAUCAUAGUUCCACUGGAGCAAUCAUUUUACUAUUUAUCAUUUGGGGUUCAUUCUUCUUUGGCGGACUUUCAAUUACCACCAGUGCUGCCAGAGUAGUGUAUGCUCUAUCAAGAGACCAAGGGAUUCCAUUCUCGUCUGUAUGGCGAAAAAUUCACCCGAAACACAAAGUUCCUUCCAACGCAGUGUGGCUCUGUGCAGCCAUCUGCAUUCUCCUGGGACUUCCAAUCUUGAAAGUCAAUGUAGUCUUCACGGCCAUAACUUCCAUAUGUACAAUCGGAUGGGUAGGAGGUUAUGCAGUUCCGAUCUUUGCAAGAAUGGUAAUGCCUGAGAAGAAGUUCAACCCCGGGCCAUUUUAUUUGGGCAAUUUUAGCAGACCGAUUUGCUUGGUCGCCUUCCUUUGGAUUUGUUACACUUGUUCUGUCUUCCUCCUCCCUACUUACUACCCAAUUAGCUGGAGUACAUUCAAUUAUGCACCUGUUGCUUUGAGUGUGGGUUUAGGUCUGAUAAUGCUUUGGUGGGUGUUGGAUGCAAGGAAGUGGUUCAAAGGACCUGUUAGAAACAUUGAAACUGAACAUAAUGGAAAGGUUUAAACAUUCACAUCAAAGUGUUUCUUGUUUAAGUUGGUUCUGGCUUUUCAUCUUUAAGUUCCUAGCUUUGUCAUCUCUUGGAUAAAUUAUAGAAUCACUUAACAAACCUCCGUUUGUUGUCCAGGGAUGUAAGCGAGUACCUUGAGAAAGGGAAAGCAGAGCAUUAGUGCCUUUUGUUUUCAGAUAGAUGUAUGCUUGAAACUUCCUAGUUUGGUAGUUCAUGCCAAGUAGAAUUCCCUCCAAUGUAACAAAAAAAAAAUGUGUGUGUGUGUCAGUUGAUUGAUAACUUCUGCUUGAGUCCUUGAAGCCCUU